AUGGAGAGGGUGAUGGAGGGUCUGCAGGAACACGUGGCAGUGUUGUUCAAACCACAUCCUGCGCGGUCAAGUUCUGAUGUUUCUACUCACGCUUCAGGACAGCAGAGCUACAAUCACGUCUGGAAGGAGAUCUAUAAGCUCCACCAGGAACUAACUACUGAGGAUAAUAACACAGCUGUGGCUUACAAUGGGGAGGAUGUAGGAAAUCUCAGCUCCAGUAAGCCUCUGGCAUCCUUCAGAAAGAAGAAUGAAAGAGGGUAUAGUUAUACGGGCAGCUUGCAGCUGCUAGGAUUAGAAGAGGGCGUAUCGACUGCCUAUCAGGAGCACGUGGUGAGGAGAGGAGCCUACUUGUCCCUUCUUUUCUUACGUCACCUGGGACUCCGGGAGCUAAAGCAAGUGUGCCUGGAAAUCCUUAACUACUUCAGGUCUGCGGAGAGAAGCCUGACCAUCAGUACCGCCGGCCUCUCCUUCAAGGCUGGCCACCUAAUUCCCAGUGCAGAAGACACCUCCUGGGUCAGUGCUGCCAAAGGAGGAACUGGUGCUUUUGGUGGCUUGAGUUCACAGCUGUAUAUUCACUACACGCCAGCGGUCUACAAGGUCCACAGGGCUCAGUUCAUGGAAUUUGCAGAGGUGGAAAACCAUGACGACUUUCACAGUAGUGAAGAAGGUUAUAUUCACACACAGGACAAGCGAGGGGUUUACAUAAUAUAUGAUGUGGCUUUAGAGGACCUGAAGGAGCUUGAGAACCAGCUGCUGCUUGUGGCCAGCCAGUACAUUGAGAAAGAUAGAAGCAAUGUAAGUUGUGAGCAAUUCACUGGCAGGGACAUCCUUGGCUGGGCGCACGCCUCCGUGGAUCGAUGUGCUGUGCUGCUUGACCUCUGGACCUGUGAAACUGCUCUCUUGGAGAAAAAAUGCCAGCUUCUAGAUGUUUACUUUGAAGCUUACCAACAUGCUCUGGACCCAGAGGAAAGAUUUGCUUUGGCUCAAGCAAUAAUUGACAUCAUGCAUAAACAUCCACAGUUUGAUCUCAAGCUUGAAUAUUUUGUCAACACCUACAAAGAUGAAUGCAUCUGUUUACAACUUCAUCUCCAACUGCUGAGGGACAUAGUAAACCAACAAGUAGAUGCCCAGAGGGAAUACCUCCACAAGAUUUGGCGGGAAGGUCAGAGACGUGGCAUCAGUGAAUCUGGACUUCCUUAUAAUGUAGUUACUAAGCAGCUUAUCUCUCUUAUCACUAGCCGUUCUACUUCGAAGAACAUUUAUCUGCUGGAGUUUCGCCCUUCUCUUGGUCUGGUGUGCUUGAUCCCCAAAGCCCUUGAGCAUAUCUACCAGGAAUUCUACAGCAUCUGCAGACCAAAAACAGCCAGUAAAGCAAGUAAUCUAGAAAAAUGAGUACUUCCGCCAGUAGUUGAUGAGUGGCGAACUAUGGAAAACCCAGAAACUUUUUACAACUCUCAGAUUCAAAAGGAUUUAUUUGCCGAGGUACUGAUAGAAGACCCUGUGCUGGUGCAAGAGAUUGCUCUGUCACAAUUAGAGGUGGGCGCAGACGAAGAAAAAAAGACAGUCAGAGAAAACCAGCUCUUUAUCCUGGAUUCCUUCUCCACGUUCCUGGAGCUUGCCACGCUCCACCAUCGGCUGAUAGAGGUGGUGACAGAGAGUGCGCGGUUAGCCAGGUUAGUGGAUGCGAUGAAGUUCAAAGUUCAUGAACUGUUAGAGACUCAGAUUCAGACUGAAACAUCAGAAAGGUUAUAUAAGGCUUUUGCAAUGGAAGCAGGAUUUGGGGAGUUCCAUUUGUACCUGAAGCCCGUGCUCUUUGAAUCUGCAUCUCACAAGGAGAAAGCAGAUCACCUCCCACCACUAUUCAUUACAUCUCUCCUGGAAGAUGACAGCUGUGUUGAAAGGGAGAAAGGUAAGCUGGUGGCAGGUGUGGAAACCUUGGUGGAGGGAAGGAGGCUGGGACGUGGCCAGGGCGUGCAGGUCAGGCGCGGGGCCGCAGAUGGUGGCCCAGCUCCACCAGCAGCAGUAGGAGACUCAAGGGAACCUUCUCCCGUUGUGCCAUCCCCCAUGUGCAAGGCUCGUGGCCCUGAAGUGCAUGGAAAGCAGCAGCAAUCUGCAGACAUGUGGCUAAGUAAAGGUUGUGGAUGCUAA